GAUGUUGCUUCCUCGUAACGAGGAACGCAAGGAAACGUUGGUGUCUCAAUUGAAAAGCUAGGUAACCAGGUCGGAAGGGUAGCAAAUCAAAAUGGCGGCGUCGCUUGGAACAUUAUUAUCAGUCAGGAAGAAUAUGCUUUCCCCCUCACCCAAUAAUUCAACCGUGGUAUCGUUUAGCGUCUUAAGGGGUUUAGAAUCUUCUUCAAAGGGUCGUUUAACUUAUGUACCUCAUUGGAAGCCGACAAGGGAAAACUUGGAGGAAUUGUCAAAGCCUCCUGCAUUGUCUCCUAACCUGACCCUCGUUUCGCCAUCUUCUACCAUAUGUACAAGUAGCAAAAGAGACGGUGAUGGACUCUUAGGUGGCGAAGUGGCAGAUUUUCGACAUAGAGAGGAAUCAGACCAAACUGAUGAUAUGUCCUCUACCAGCUAUCAAUCGGACACGAAUAGCGAUUUGGAAAAAGAAACACGUGCCUUACGAUCAAAUGUACAUGAACGUGAGGAAUUGCUGGAGAUAGAACUUCAAGCAAACUUCGAUGGUACGCAUGUCGCUGUUCACGAUUACGAAAUGGAAAAGAAACGCCAAGCCGAAGAGAGGAUAACCUCGAGAAAACACAAGCUGCUAGAAAAUUCAAAGAAAUUGUUGGAGGAGAAAAAUCAUUACUUGCAGGAAAAGGAGCGUGAGAGGAUGGACGAAAUGAUUAAAUCUGUACAGGAAUUACAGCGAGACGAGGAGAGAAAAACUGAAGAAGCCAAACAGCGACAACAGGAACUUAAACAGUUUCAUGAAGCAUCCGCAGAGAGAGCUGUUAGAAAAAUUAAAGAAAUGGAAGAUUUAAGAUUAAGAUUAUUAAAAGAGGAACAGCAAGUUAAGAGAGAACUACAAGAACUUGAGGCCUCAUGCAUGACUGUGAAAGAAACUGCAGAGAAUAUCAAAAAAACCUUGCAAAAAUGCAAAUUUCAAUCAUAUUUGUCUACCUCUGCCUCAGACAUUGUCAGUGAAACAGAUAAGGUGUUGAAAGUCUCCCAGAAUAAUCUUAAUAGUGCGAAUGAAAAUGGGAGAGUGACAGAAGGAAUUACAAAGAUUAUGCAGGACUGUUCUACCCUGAUUUGUAGCUUGCUACAGAAAGCAAAAAAUGUUGUUAAUGAGGCAAAUACCAAGGCUGCAAAGGAUGAGGCUGAGCUACAACUCAAGGAAGAGGCAAAAGCCAAAGAAGAAAAGGCAAAAAAACAACAGGCACUGAAAACUUUGCAAGAAAAACAAAGGGUUAAUUCCACAACAUCGACACCAACUUCCACUUCUAAUGAUCAAUCAAAGUCAGGGAUCUCAAAAGACCUUGCUUCCAGUAUUUCAGCAUCAGCAUGGAAAGAAUUUUCCAGACUAGCAAGUUACAGAAGUGAUAUCAUAAAACAUGCAGAGCCAUUGAAUACUGACAAGACAUUGAAACAAUAUAAAUUUGACCUUCACAGGGCUGUCACAACACCUAUCAAUGCCAUAUCUGACCAGUCACCCAGCCAUCUGCUUGAUAAGAUUCAGCGCCUGGCUAAAUUGUUGUCUGGACAAUCAGUGCAGAUGAGUGGAAAACAGAUCUCAAUUGCUAAGCAUCCUGCAGCUAAGCCUUUUUGUAAAGAUCUCCUGGCAAAGAAACUUGUGCAGCAGGGAUCACAGCAGGUGUCUUCCAGUCAUAGUUCUGCAUUUCCUAUUGCUGCUGUGAUUGUGGGGAUCUGGUCCAGUUUCCCUGACAUCGGUGAUCUCAUUCUGGCGCAGUUCUAUGACCAGUGCCCAUUCCUAGUGCCAUUUUACAUUCCAAGGACAGCUGAACUGACUGAUUCAGAAUACUUUGCAUCACUUGGUUAUCUGUGUUCUGAGGGUGAGAUUGAAGAACAAGGUAAGUUUCUAAAGCGCAUGACUGGCAUUGUGCGACUAUAUGCAGCUGUUAUCUCAUCUCUACCUCCUCAAGGAAAAUCACAACAACACCCUUUUGGUCUUGAAAAAGGUUGGACGUGGUUGGCAAGAAUGCUGAACCUUGACCCAAGGCCUGAUUACACUGCUACAGCUCUCUAUGAAUUCCUGGCUGUAGCAGGACAUACUCUGAUGAGGCAGUACAAAAAACAGUUUGGAAAAUUGCUCAAUACACUUGUGUUGGAAUAUGUGCCCAAAAUAGAAAAAGUAACAGCCAAGGCACAGAGUGGGCCCGUGGUGAGACUAAAAGUGUUUUUGGAAGCAUGUAUUAAAGAUCAAAAGAUUCCAGUUCCUGAUGGCUAUCUAACUCCUCAAUGGUGGCGUUCACCAAGCUUUUAGAACAAUUUCCUAACCUAAUAACUCAUUGAUUUAUGAUGUGAUAAAAAUGUUUGUUCUCGUCACAAUGUAUUCUCUAACAGACGGUUGAUGAGAAAGAAAAUGUAUAAGCUGGAUGGUGUUACUGGUACUUUGAUUUAAGGCAAAAUUCUCUGAAUUUAUCUAGAAGGAAUGUGCAACAGCUGAAAAGAAUCACAAAUGAAAUCCAAAAGUAAGUGUUCUCCGAGAAUAAGGUAGCAAGCCAACCCACAAUAACAUUGAUAUCUAUCACAUGGGCUCUCACUACAAUUUGGAGAGCAAGAGAAAAAGGACUCUGAAAGUGAAAUGUGAAAAAUGUGACCUUGAGAUCAUGGAUGUACAGACCAUCUUUACUUGUGUAAAUAAUUUCAAAGUUCUGGCCAAGACUAUGACUUAUGCUCCAAGUAUUACUUUGUAAAUACUUCAAAGAAAAUUAAUAAUUGAUAUAAGCCUUGAAUGCGGACUUUUUGAAACCUAUGUUUUUAUUAUCAGCAAGUGUAAAUGCCAAGAAUGAGUCCUGAAAAAGUAGAAUUUGAUUCCUAUCCAACAAAAUGAAGCUCAAUGGGAACUAACUUCAGUUUUAACAGUAAUGCUCUGUAUUUGCCAACCUUUUUUCUCUUGCAUGGUGAUAAUAUUUCAGCCUCUGAUUCUUUUGCAGCCAGGAAAAUGUUGAAACAUCAAAUCUUUUCAUUGCCAGUUUUUUUCUUGUUUUGAAGUUUUAUCCAGAGUACUUUUAAAUGAAUCAAACUGAAAGUAAAUUGAUAAAUAACUAUGUGUCUAUAUGGACUUUGUGGCUCAUAGUUUUGAAGUGUUGAGAUCUUUAAGGUAGGGGCAAAGUAUGCACUUCAGCCAACUGGUCCAUCCGGGCAGAGUCCAUCUCUGUUUAUAACAUAAUGAACAAUAGUACACAUCCACUGAUUGGUCAAUUUAGUUUCCAAGCAGAUGCUUCAUCAGGUUGUAGCGCCCACAUGUAACUAGUCAUGUCUUAAAAGCAAUAAAAUGCAUUUUUUCCAGGUUCUA